AUGGUUCUUCAGUGGAAUCGAGUCUCUAAUCUGAAGCCCUCAGAUUCCAAAACCGAGAUCUUACCACCAGGCCAUCGUGGUGUCCGUGGUCGAAUAGUGGUCGCUCUUGCUGCUUUUGAAUUAGCCAGGAAUACUUGCAUCCGACUUGUUCAAAGAACUAAUGAAACCGAUUAUGUAUCUCUAUUUCGAGGAGAUGGGUGCUAUUCAAUGGUCGGUCGCAUGGGCGGAGAGCAGAAGUUGUCGCUUGCGAGUGGUGGCUGCGACCAAGUGGGAAUUGUAAUACAUGAAUUCAUGCAUGCAUUAGGUUUCUGGCAUGAACAGAGCAGAGUUGACAGAGAUAAUUAUGUGACCAUCCGUUGGGAAAAUAUUCAGCCAGGCACCGAAAACAACUUCCAGAAAUACAACACAUACAUCCAGCAAACAUUGGACGAAGAGUAUGAUUAUGCCUCUCUGUUGCACUACAGCCGCCGAGCUUUCAGCCGCAACAGCCUGGCCACCGUUGAGCCAAAGAACUUUGUAGGAAACUUCAUUAUCGGACAACGUUUGGGACUCAGUCCAACGGAUAUCAGAAAAAUCAACAAGCUGUACAAUUGCUCCCAAUAUUUGUAA